AAUAUGUGCGUAUUUACGUCAGGUAAAAUGUCACGAUGGCUGCGUUGCACAGUCGUGAUGCGCAAUUUGGGCAUAUCGAUAAAACGUACGGCGAAUUUCUGGAGUGAAUUCCAGCUUCCGUUUGGAUCGGGUUUGUUCUUUAGUGCGCCUGCUUCGACUUUCGGGAGAGGACCGAUACAGGACAGUGCAGGCAUGGAUCUCAGUGACAUGAGAAAGACAUACAAGGCAGAUGAGGAGUGCUUUGAGGAGGGUCACUUGGCGUCCAUGGAUCCCAUCAAGCAGUUUGGCGAUUGGUUCAACGAAGCGGCCAUGUGCCCGGAAGUGGGAGAGCCGAAUGCCAUGUGUCUGGCCACGAGUACAAAGGAAGGAAUUCCGUCUGCGCGCAUGGUGCUUCUGAAAGGCUACGGGCACGAGGGCUUCCGCUUCUUCACCAACUAUGAGAGCCGUAAGGGGGCGGAGCUGGACAGUAAUCCUUUCGCCUGCCUUGUGUUUUACUGGGAGCCUCUAAACCGACAGAUUCGUAUCGAGGGUCCUGUGGAACGUAUUCCCCACCAGUCCUCCGUUGACUACUUCCAGUCCAGACCCAAGAGCAGUCAGAUCGCCGCAGCAGUGAGCCGACAGAGCAACGUCAUCCCUGGCCGGGAGUACCUGAGACAGAAGAACACAGAGCUGGAAGAGAAGUACAAAAACACAACGGUCCCCAUGCCAGACUACUGGGGCGGCUACAUUGUCAAACCCCACAUGAUCGAGUUCUGGCAGGGUCAGACCAACCGGUUGCACGACCGCAUCGUCUUCCUGCGUCCAAAAGAUGGAGCAGUCCUUGGGGAGAUGCAGCACCAAGCAGAGGGUGGCUGGGUGUACCAGCGCCUGUCGCCCUGAGGCUGGGACAUCCAGCUGAUUAGGGAGGGUACACAGGUCUCACAUUUUGCAUGUAGUCAAAUCAGCGUUGAAGUGUAACAUUCUUCUUGUAUACAAAAUAGAAAUAAGCUGAAUAACACUACUCACAAGAUUAAACUGUGAGUUGCCGAGUUGAACUGUGAGUGUCCAAUACAUAUGAUAUUUUUAAGAAUACCAUAUAUGAUUUUGUUUUAUGAUUAUUAUCUGGGAUCACACAAUACUUGAAAUUUCUUUAUUGAAUCAUGUUGCCUAUGGGGUAUGACAGUCAUGUGAUUUACUUGUGACUGAAUAGCAUUCCAACAGUGUUAACGUUGUAUGUUCAAUUCCAUAUUACAUCCAUCCAUCCAUUUUCCAAACUGCUUAUCCUACUGGAUCGUGGGGGGUCCGGAGCCUAUCCCGGAAUAAAUGGGCACGAGGCAGGGAACAACCCAGGAUGGGGGGCCAGCCCAUCGCAGGGCACACUCACACACCAUUCACUCACACAUGCACUCAGCUUUCAUUUCAUUUCAUAUUUCUGUCACGUCAAACUGCGGAAUCGUUAGUAUGUCUGCUGUGGGCGGCAGCUUGUUGGAGAGAUACUGUAAGGUUCAGAGGUAUUUUUUUUAUGUUUCCCAGAUGAUGUAAAUUGUUUUUCAAUUAUUCAGUUAUAAGACGCAGAAGGAUCCAUAUUUUAUGUCAAAUUAACAUUUGCAUGAAAAGAAUCAUUUAAAAAUUGAAAUUAUGUAUUAAAGCUGGAGUGACGUAGUUUUUCUCUGCAAUGUCUGAUUUAGGUUAAUUACUCAGAUCUUAGAAGUGUCAUACCCUGUUUCUGUCUAGCUGUUUGGACUUUGUCUUUUAUUAAAAGUGCUGUAUUAUUCAGUGAC